GGCUGUUCCUUGGCAACAUCUCCAGGAAUCCAGCGCCAAGCUCAGGCUCGCUUCCUCUCCCCUCCCACCGCCUGCCUGCAGGGCUGGGGGCGGAGGCAGCGAGCCCAUUAUAAGAAACUGGAGCCCGUUCUAAGAAGCAGCGGUAGAACCAGGCGGCCGAAGGACAGCGCCGAGCUCCAGCCAAGGCCCCAGCCUCCUGCCUCGGCCCCUUGUGCAGGCCCUCGCCCACCCCCAGCCAUGGCUCCCACACCUCUGUCGUGGCUGCUGCGCCUGGCCGUGCUCUGCCAUCUGACCGUCCUGCUGGCUGCUUCCCAAAUGCCUUCCACCUCCAGCCCUUGCUUUCGAGUGUCAGGACCUCGUAGGACAAGGAGUAGCCCUCCCACCGACAUGGGACAGCAACAUGGUGUGGCGAAGUGCGAGAUUAUGUGUGACAAGAUGACCACACGGAUUCCCAAUAGCUAUCUCCUGCGCUAUCAUGAAAACCGGGCCUCCUGCGGCAAGCCUGCCAUCAUCCUGGUGACCAGGAGGGGCAAAUUAUUCUGUGCUGACCCAAAGGAGCAAUGGGUCCAACUUGCAAUUCAGUACUUAAACAACCAAACUCAUGCUCCGACAACUCAGAGUGGCGGCAAGUUUGAGAAGCACGUGGGGAAGCCCGCGACCACCCCGGCUGCCCUGGGAAUGUCCCAGCCCGCGCUCACAGAGCCUGAAGCCACAGGGGAAAGCAGUAGUCUGGAGCCCACUGCUUCUUCCCACGGGACUCAGAGGCCCACAGGGACGUCUCCAGAGCUACCAGUGAGAGUGACUGGAUCUUUGGGGACCGCAAUGUCCCCUACUUCAAAGGCUCAGGAUGGAGAGCCUCCUGCUGGUGCACAGCUUUCCAGCACAGCUGCUACCUCCACCACCAUUGCUUGGCAGAGGUCUGCUCCCUUCCAGCCUGGCUCCAGUCCCGGGGCUCAGGAAAAGGCCCCCUCUACCCUGGCCCCCUCCACCCCGGCCGCCCCCACUGAGCCCUCCUCCACCCAGACCCCCACCACUUCACACACAACCACUGAAGGCCAACCUGUGUGGACUCAGGGACAGACCCCUGGUCCAGAGAGCUCUGUAGGGCCCGAAGAGGUGGGUCCUGAUUUCACACACCCAGAUGCUUCCCAGGACUGGGGCCCCAGCAGCAUGGGCCAUGCUUCUGUGGUCCCCAUCUCCUCUGAAGGAACUCCCAGCCAGGAGCCCAUUGUCUUAGGCAGCUUGAUCCCCAAGGCUGAGGAGGCCAACCACGCCACGGUGGACCCCCAGAGGCAGGUCCUUAUCACCGCUGUUCCUGACACCCAAGCAGCCACCCGGAGGCAGGCAGUGGGGCUGCUGGCCUUCCUUGGUCUCCUCUUCUGCCUGGGGGUGUCCAUGUUUGCCUACCAGAGCCUCCAGGGCUGCCCCCGCAAGAUGGCUGGAGAGAUGGUGGAGGGCCUUCGCUAUGUCCCCCGGAGCUGCGGCAGUAACUCCUAUGUCCUGGUGCCAGUGUGAGCUGCCCACUUGCUUGUGUCCAAUUUUAAUUCAGACAGCUGCCUGGGGACCCCCAUCCUCAUACCCACCCUCACCAAGGGGCCUGGCUGAGCUGGGGGAAUGGGAAUGGGGAGGCGGGAUCCUCCAGGUGCAAAUGGCUCCAAGGCCCCAGGUUAGCCUAGUGGGUCACCCUUGACCAUUCUCAACCUAUCAGGGCCGGAGAGGGGUGGCCUCCAACUCCAAACCUGAGAACUCCUCUCUGCGUCUGGCUGGUUAGAGGUUCCCUUUGACACCGUCCCAUCCCCUGUGCACAAUUAUUUAUUGAAUGUCCAGCCCCCACGUCCCUGGCCUGAGCUUCCCUGUGAGCACCGUGGCCCUCCCAUUCCACAAAUGAGCAACAGGCCAGGCCUCUCUCACCUGCUCCCCAGACCGCCUCACAUCCCUUGGUCCUGCUGCAGUCACUAGUCACCCGGCCAGCUGCGGUGCUAUCUCCACAUUUCCUCUGUAUAGAGCCCCAGCCCCAACCCCACAUUUUGUAUCUUUUCUUGCAUGAGGCUGGCGUGGCACUUCUAGGGUGCUCCUAGGGAAGACUGCAUGGUGGGCAGGAAGAUGAGGUCAUCUGGUGGCUCUGAGGUCCUCCUCUGUCCUGGCUAUACAGUGAAGGGACACUGAGGCAGCACCACCACCCACCUAACAAGGCUGGCAGACAUGUGGCAAUAACCUGCACCCCUGGGCCACUACUGGGACCCCCCCUCCCAGCUCCCCGACAGGGUCUUUGAGCCCUCAUCAGCCAAGCACCUUAGACACUCACUGCCAUCCCAUCAGGCUGGCCCCUCUGUGGGCUUGGGGGACCUGCAGGAGCAGAAGCCAACUGUGAAGGCUCCUCCGUGUCUGGGCAGGCUCACCCCUCAACAGAGUGACAGCCCAGGUCUGCCCUGACAGAGACCACUGAGAGAGGGAGGAGGGCAGGGGGCCCCAGGAAGGCAAGGCAGCUCAUGGAAGGAGCAGGGGAAAGCUAUGGAGCCCCCACACUUUAGGGGCUCCCCUAGCAGUGGGUUUAGUGCGGCCCACACAGCCAUGCUCUUUCCACCUACCUGGGCCCCCUUUCACCUCCAUCCGCCCCUGACAGCACCAUUCUCUGCGCUCCAAGACUUUGCCCUCUCCUUUGUCCCAGCAAAGGCAGGGCCAGCAAUGUCUAUGACAUUCCCCGGAGUCCUGUGUGUAUUUCUGGAACGGUCUCCAUCCUGGGGGAGGGGGAAUUGUGGGCAUAAAAUUCGGGGUUCCUUUUCUAGCUGCUGAAGAUGUGGUCAGAAAUGGAGGUGGCCAGCACCCCAAACCAGAGCUGGACCUGCAGACCUUGCCCCUCAGGAUCCCUGGUGGCAGCUUACCGUUUCUUCUGAUUGUCCCCAAGAGUGACCCUUGCCCUCUGUCUGCACCCAGGUGUCAGUGACACAAUCCUCAGCAGAUGGCUCCUCAAAAAGGGAAAACAGCUCUGGCCCUGAGAGAAGCCCUGCAGGAGAGCAUGCUUCAGGGUCACUCUGAAGGCUCUGAGGGGAGGGAGGGCCCCAAUGCACUUUGUUCUGGUUUGGGUUCUGCCAGGCCAGGAGAGCCUUCAAGGGUUGGUUCACCCUUCCUUUGUGAGGUCCCCCCCGAGACUUUGGCGGCUCCUCCCCAAAGGACAUGGACAGUGACAAUCUGGGGAGGAUUUGGAAGGGGUUGGUUGAUCCUUUGCUUUUUCAGCCCUCAUCACCACUGUCUGUGCCAUUUUGUAUUUUACUAAUAAAAUGUAAAAGUCUUGUGAAUUA